AUGGAUGGAAUUCUGCUGCGAGACGAGGCUGCGCAGGAUCGCGUGCGCGCUGCCAUCGAGUUUCUGGAUCCUACCGACAUCGUGGUGAUGCUGAACCGAGGAUUGCGACGUCUGACGGUUAGCAUCGAUGAAAUCCGAGCACACAACCGCGAGCUUUCCGACGGGCUUUGCAUGUCCCCAUUCGAUUACUCGCAAGCUUUCGACCACGCCCUAAAAGAGGUGGUUAAGCGGCUGCCCAACCGCCCCGAAAAGGAGAAGCUGGAUGAAGUGAAUUACUAUUGCGCCUAUGUCGGAGCCUUCGGAGAAUUUUCUUGCAACCCACGCACCCUGGGCUCUCAGCACCUGAACCGCAUGGUGUCCCUUGAAGGCAUUGUGACAAAAUGCUCCCUUGUUCGGCCAAAGGUGAUCCAGAGUGUUCACUACAGCGAGAAGAAGGAUCGUUUCUUGUCGAGAAAGUACCGUGAUCAGACUAUGACUUCGAGCGGCGCUACGAGCUUGAACGUUUACCCCCAAGAAGAUGACGAGAAAAACCCACUUAUCACCGAGUACGGUUACUCGACCUACAUGGACCACCAAUCGAUAUCGAUCCAAGAAAUGCCGGAACGAGCCCCGGCCGGUCAGCUGCCCCGCAGCGUCGAUGUUAUUCUCGACGACGAUCUUGUCGACAAGGCCAAACCAGGAGACAGAAUCCAGCUGGUCGGUACCUACCGUACCCUCGGAAACCGAAACGCAAGCUCCGGAUCGUCCACUUUCCGUACAAUCAUCAUGGCGAACAACGUCAUUCAACUUUCGUCGAAGGGCGGCAGUGGCAUUGCGCAGACCACCAUUACGGACACCGACAUCCGAAACAUUAACAAGAUUUCCAAGAAGAAGAAUGUCUUUGAGUUACUGGCCCAGUCGCUCGCUCCUAGCAUUCACGGACAUGACUACAUCAAGAAGGCCAUUCUGCUGAUGCUGCUUAGCGGUAUGGAGAAAAACCUGGAUAACGGUACUCAUCUUCGUGGUGAUAUCAACAUCCUCAUGGUCGGUGAUCCUUCAACAGCCAAGUCUCAACUUCUUCGUUUUGUGUUGAACACGGCUCCUCUGGCUAUUGCCACUACUGGUCGUGGUUCCUCUGGUGUCGGUUUGACCGCUGCCGUCACUUCCGAUAAAGAGACUGGCGAGCGUCGGUUGGAGGCUGGUGCCAUGGUUCUCGGUGACCGUGGUGUGGUCUGCAUUGAUGAGUUCGACAAGAUGAGUGAUGUUGACCGUGUUGCUAUUCACGAGGUCAUGGAACAGCAGACCGUCACCAUUGCCAAAGCCGGUAUUCACACUAGUCUGAACGCUCGAUGCAGUGUUUUGGCUGCUGCCAACCCCAUCUACGGCCAGUACGAUCCGCAUAAGGAUCCACACAAGAACAUUGCUUUACCGGACUCUCUUCUCUCCCGUUUUGAUUUGCUCUUUGUCGUCACGGACGACAUCGAGGAUGCCAAAGAUCGAACGAUUUCCGAGCACGUUCUGCGCAUGCACCGUUACCGCCAGCCCGGCACCGAGGAGGGUGCUCCGGUGCGCGAGCAGCUCAACCAGACCCUUGGAGUGGGCAUUGAAGACCGCGCGGAUGCCAACCAGCCUACGGAAGUGUUUGAGAAGUUCAACGUCAUGCUCCAUGGCGGCAUGGUUAACACAGGCCGCAACCGUGGAAAGAACGUGGAGAUCAUCAGCAUCCCUUUUAUCAAAAAGUACAUCCAGUACGCUAAGUCUCGUAUCAAGCCUGUUCUGACCAAGGGCGCCGCCGACCAUAUUAUCGCCGCGUACUCUGCUCUGCGCAACGACGAUCUGGCCAGUUCCCAGCGCCGCACCUCUCCUAUCACGCCUCGUACCCUUGAGACGCUAAUCCGCCUUUCUACCGCACACGCCAAGGCCCGCCUGUCCAAUCGUGUUGAUGAGAAGGAUGCUAAGCAUGCGGAGGCCAUUCUGCGCUUUGCCAUGUUCAAGGAAAUCCUGGAGGAUGGGCGCCGCAAGCGCCGCAAGGUGACCACGUUCGAUGACGAGUCAGAAGAGGACAGCGAGCCCGAGCUCAAUGAUGAUGACGAUGACGAUACCCCCUUCCGCGGUACUUCGACCGCCACCCCUGCACGGGGAGCCACGACAAGAACCCGCGGUGCCGCCAGCUCCGCAGUCGCAGACGACGAGCCAGACAGCCUGUACACGUCCAGCCCGCGCGCGCAGCGUCUACGGUCCAGCCAGACUACUCGCACUCAGACUCAAACCGAGUCCCAGAUGUCUGUGGCUUCUACGCAGCCUGCCUCACAGUUGGUCCAGUCUCAGACCGAUGACUCGCAGUCGACUUCCGCGUCGGCGCCCCCGAUCACGCCUGCCCGCAUGGCUGUCUUCCGCCAGACCUUGGGUCCUCUUAUGGGCAGUAAGGUCUUUGUCGACGGUGACAUGACUAACGUCGAUGAGCUUAUUGAGGCCGUCAACACUGCUGUACGCACGUCACCGCAACACGGUGCUGCGCACGUCUUCUCGCGUCCCGAGGCUAUCCAAGCUUUGCAGAAGAUGAACGAGGAGAACCUGUUGAUGUUCCUCGACGACGAUGAGAACGUCUACCGUAUCUAA